AUGAAACACACGGUCGUCAGCAACGGACAUUGCCUCCUGCCUCGAUUUUCCGUUUGUAUGGCGGCAUUACGCAAAUUGACAACAGCUUAAAUCACUUUGAGGUGGCUUAAAGCCUCGACAUCAGCGAAAAGAACCUCUUGUCAACCUCAAGGAUUCGUAGUGCCGUUGUCGCUGCCGUUGGCAGUUAAAACUCUCACUUGACGAGAGCCGCAAAAAGAGGAGAAAAUCUGCUCGAUAGCAAUAGACAGAAUCCUCUGGCACAAUGGACGUGGAGCUCGAGGAGGAGGAGGAGCGCAUUUGCCUCAGAACCGCGGAGGAGGGGCAGUUGGCCAACAUGGAUGACGACAAGCUGGUUUCCGACGAGGUGCACAUGCGGCAGUUGAGUGCGACGCCCUCGUCGGCGUUUUCGUUGCACCAGCGUCGACAGAGCAACAGUGUGACCCACUCCGCACCCCCCGAACUCACGCAGGGGGUGGGUGAAACGAAAGAGGAGGCGCCACCAGGGGAGCAAAAGGCGGAUGCCGAUCCCGAUGAGAGGGUGGUCCUUCGGCGGGCAGUGGACAAGGGCGCCAUCGCCUUGGCGCAAAUCGACGACCUGAAACUGGAGGGGGAUGAUGACGAUGAGGAUGAGGUUGAUGGUCUGGGUCUAAGUAAUCCCGCAGCGCAGACUACGGAUGAUGAGCAGAUUACGGUCAAAGGAACAGGAACAGAAACAACAGCCGCAGCAGCAGCAGUGGCAUCCUCCGAGCAGGAUGCAGCCACAACGAUAGCCACUCCGGACAUGUCGAAAAUACCCCGACUGCCCGGCGACGGCGCCCAAAUGGAGGACACUGGCGACCAGCCGCCAUCGGAAUCGCUGCGUGCCUCCACCACAUCAAUUUUGUCCAAUUUGCGCAAGAAACAGCAGGGCGGCCCCCUGCGUGCGGGAGGGGGCGUGGCCAAGCAGACGCCGCUGCGGGUGCAGUCCGUCCGGAUUGUGGAGGCCAAGCGGGCCUACGGACCCAAGCGCCGCACCGAGAGCUGCAGCAUCUUUGGCAACAGCAAUUUCGAACACGAUCUGGAAUCGGGUAACUCGCUAGCCAGCAUCGCAGGCCAACCGCAACGGCCCUUAAACAACGAGAUGUAUUCCGCUUUCAAGAGUGGCAACGUGGUCAAAGGAAUCCUUUGUCCUUCGCUGACCAACUCCUUCAAGCAGAGUUCUCUGGAGCGAUCCUACCUGACUUACACGCAUCGCCAACGCCAGAAAUCCCUGAUCAUUGUGAACGUGGUGGAUUUUGUCCUUAAGAUUGUUCUGGCUUUCGUCUGGAUGAUGAGACGGAGUGAACUGGGUCCCAUUGAAAACGAAGGUGGAACGAGCAUGGCGACGGCCAUCACUUGGUCGGUUUGCUGUGGGAUCGCCAACAUGGCCAUCUGCUUUCUGGGCUACUGGCGCUGCUUCGCCAACAACUAUUUGCACUGGGCCGCGGUCUGCACUUGGGUGCUCUUCAACAUCCAGGGAUUCGUGGGCCAGGGCGUGGGAUUCGCGGAUCGGGAGUACCUGGUGUGGUACAUACUGUUCGUCAUCUUUGUGCCCUAUGCCAUGCUGCCGCUGCCCCUCAAAUGGUGCGUUGUGGGCGGAACCAUCACGGCCAGCUGUCACCUGGCCGUAAUUACCAUCAUCAAACUGCAGCACCCCGAUGCCACCUUCAAUGCCGAGUGCGUUCUGUUCCAGAUCUUUGCCAACUUCAUUCUCUAUACGGCCAUCAACGUGGCUGGUAUGUACACAAAGUAUCUCACGGAUCGUGGACAACGUCUAGCAUUCAUCGAAACCCACAAGGCCAUGGAGCACAAGAAGGAGUCCGAGAAGGAGCUUCAGCGCACCCAGAAAUUAUUGGAUUCAAUUCUGCCCAAUAUCGUGAACAAUCAAAUCCGCAGCGAAAUGUACAAGGGCACGGAUCCCACGGUGGAGACGCAGUUCAACAAAUUGUACGUUUAUCCCAUGGACAAUGUGAGCAUUCUGUUCGCCGACAUUAAGGGCUUCACCGAGUUGGCCAGCAAAACUUCGGCCCAGCAGCUGGUGAAAAUCUUAAAUGACCUGUUUGCCCGGUUCGAUCGCAUUGCAGAGGACAACCACUGUCUGCGUGUAAAGCUGCUGGGCGAUUGUUACUACUGUGUGUCGCAAUUCGAGAGCGACAACUGGAAGACGCGACCGGAUCACGCGGUGUGCAGCGUGGAAACUGGCCUGCACAUGAUAAAGGCCAUUAAGGAUGUGCGCCUGCACACGCACGUGGACCUCAACAUGCGAAUCGGCAUCCACAGCGGUUCGGUGAUGUGCGGCGUUCUGGGCAACAAGAAAUGGCAUUUUGACGUCUGGUCCAAUGAUGUUAUCAUUGCAAAUCACAUGGAAUCCGGCGGUAUUCCCGGAAGAGUCCACAUUUCGGAGGCGACGCUCAAGUGCCUGAACGAUGCCUACGAGGUGGAACCCGGAAAUGGCGGCAGUCGGGACAAUCACCUCAAAAUGCUGAACGUUAAGACCUUCCUCAUCAAGCGUACUGAGCCAUUGAGACCGAAACGUCGUUUUGGCACGCGCAGCAGCGCCCAUUUGGCGGGCAGCGUGGCCACUGCCACCGCCCCAUCCGCCACGCCCACCGCUGCCCUGCCCAAAUCAAUCUCGGCCAGCGGAAGCGGCAGCAUCGGUGGGGUCACCACGACGGGCGGCGAUGGAGCCAGCAUGGAUGGGAGGAGUCUGGAGUACGCUGCGACCAUCAGUGUACCCGCCCAGCAGCCGGCGCAACUUCUUCAGCAGCAGCAGAAGAAGAACAUAUCGCUGAACUCGCUGCCCAAUGUGGUGGAGGGCGUGGCCAUGGACAAUCGAAGGAUGAGGAACGGCUGUGGUGGAAUGGGUGGAGCAAUGGGUGGCGCUGGAGGAGCUGGAGGAACAGGUCCUUCGGGAAUGUCCACCGUGUCGUCGCCCACGGCCAUGAUGUCGACACCGCUGGAGGUGCAGCUGCGACCCAGGAACGGGGCAACCAGCAUACAAAAUCUGGCGGAGGCCAUCGACGGCAAGGGACUGAUCAUCGAGGACGAGUCCACCACCGAUUGGAUACCGGAGAUUCCAUUCAAGAACCUCAACAGCCCCGAAGAAGGACUCAAUCGUGCGGACUCCAUCCUAGUUGACACCAAGGAGGAUCAUCGAGUGUCGGUGGCCGUUCUGGACGAGGAGAUCGACGAGUUCAUCGAGCAGAAUAUCCAAAUCAAUUCGAAUAAGGAAAUCCGACGCGAGUACCUAAAUCCCUGGACGCUGAAGUUCAAGGAUAAGAGUCAGGAGCAGAAGUUCUGCCAGCUGCGGGAGGAUAUGUUCCGAUCCAAUAUGCUGUGUGUGUUUGUCAUCUGGAUAUUUAUGGUGCUGUGUCAGGUCAUCAUCAUUCCGCGGUGCACGCGUCUCAUUAUUUGUCUCUCGGUGGGCACCAUAGUUCUCACAUUCUGCUGCGUUCUAGUUAUGGCCGAGGAGUUCCCAGGACUUCCCCGCUUCCUGAAGACGAACUCUGCCAAAUUGGUGCAUCAGCGGCAGCGGCGCACUCUCUUCAUUUGCGGCGUCAUCGUGUCCAUGUGCAUGCUUAGUGCCAUCGGACUGGUCCUGUGUCCUUCGUCCACCUACAUUGGCACCGUGGACGAGCACUCGCGUUACCAGCGGAUGAUCUCGCCCUAUAGCAAUAGCUCCAGCGCCGAGAACGUGUAUCUGAAUGUGUCCAUUUACAUACAAAGAUAUCCAGAUCCGGAUAGCACACCGAUUAGCUCGAUUGACCUAAGGAAUGCAGUGGUUGCAGAGGGGCAGUGCGCCCAUCCGGAGUACUUGGUGUUCACCUGGGUGCUCUGCCUCGUCUCCUUGGCCACCGCCCUGAAGCUCUACUACCUAGUCAAGGCCCUCAUGGCCCUGGGAAUGGUGGCAUUCUAUACCGCCCUGAUCCUGUUCAAGUUCAGCACGGGCGAAAGCUUCAGUUUGGUCCAGCUAUCCACACUGGGCGUUCCCCUUGGAGUCCAAAUGCUGAUACUUUUGAUAUCGUUCCUGGUGAUGGUCUGCUACCAUGCGAGACUUGUGGAGGUAACCUCCCGUUUGGACUUCAUAUGGAAGGAACAGGCCGAGCGUGAACUGACCAACAUGAAAUCCAAUCGUGCGCUUAAUGACACAUUAAUUAAGAACAUCCUGCCGGACCAUGUGGCUACCUAUUACCUAUCCGACGAGCACACGGACGAGCUCUACUCCAAGAUGCACAAUCAGUGCGGCGUGAUGUUCGCCUCGAUUCCCAAUUUCCAGGACUUUUACUCCGAGGACAUCGACAAUGGCAAGGCCUGCAUUCGCAUCCUGAACGAGAUUAUCUGUGACUUUGAUGAAUUGCUGGAGGAGCCGCGUUUCGCGUCGGUGGAGAAAAUCAAGACAGUGGGUGCCACCUACAUGGCGGCGGCGGGCCUGAAUCACGAGCAUCUCCGACUGCGCGGCGAGACCUCUGAGGACAGUGUCUGUGACCUGGUGGAGUUCGCCUUUGCCAUGAAGCAGAAGCUGGAGGAGAUCAACGGCGAUGCGUUCAACAACUUCCAGCUGCGCGUGGGCAUCUGCAGUGGUCCCCUGGUGAGCGGAGUGAUUGGGGCCAGGAAGCCCGUCUACGACAUCUGGGGCAAUACGGUCAAUGUGGCCUCGCGCAUGGACUCCACGGGCGAGAACUGGCGGGUUCAGGUGCCGGAGAAUACGGCCGAGUUGCUCUGCUCCCGCGGCUACACUUGUGUGAAACGUGGUGAAAUCGCUGUGAAGGGCAAGGGCAUGAUGACCACCUUCUAUGUACAUCCCAAGGGCAUUACGGAGAGCCAGCUGAUCUCGCCGGUUCGCAUGCCAGCCGGGAUUCCCCUGGCCCAAACGCCGAACCUCCAGCGCCAGACAUCGCAUCAUGGUUCCUUCAGUGCCGUCGUUUUCGGAAUGCUGCAGGCCAGCAAACGCAGCACAGCCAUCGCCGGAACACCCACGGGUACCCCUUCGCCGCAAAUUCGUCGAGGACAUCGGGGCAGCACAUUUAGCUCGGUUCGGUUAUCCCAGAAGUCGACCACAGUCAAUCCAGUGCGCCGAAAUACAACCCGUGUUCGGGGACGUUCCUAUCGCCAGAAAAAGAGUUCCUCAAACAAUUCGAUCGUCACACAAGCCAGCUCCAGCUACAUGCCAUCGUUUCGACGGAUCGAUCAGAUCGAGACGACGAUAUCGAAGAGCCACAACGAUGCGUUAUAGCCGACUACGCGCACUCACUGGGUCUAAAUCGAUCUCAAGCGGAUGAAGUGUCUGAUGAAUUUAUUUUUGGAACGAUUUUAUUCAAGACGAAAAAUGAUUGACUAUAAAGUUAUGUCAGUUAAGAAUAACUAAAGGAGAUAUCGGCACUGAAGCUACUUAGUAGAAUUUUUAAAUCACAGUUCUUGAACAAGUAGAUCAAAUAAAUGUAAUACUUGCAUUAUCUCAGCACAAUUCUAGUCGUUAAACCUAAGAAUUGCCGUUUAUAUGUGUGUAUUUGUAAGAAAUUUGGAUCUUCCCUUAAAGCCCAACCGAACGAAAUGCCAAUGAACCUACUAACUUUGUUCAAUUCUACCAAAAUAUGUAUAGGGUAAUUUUCUAGUAUUAGUAGUCAAUUUAAAAAUCCAAUAAUCAUAUAGAAAAUCAAAUAUUCGUUGUACAAAUCUUUUUUCCUUCUAUAUGUAAAUAGGGUAAGAAUAUUUAAGAGUAAAAUAUUUUACGAGUUGUGUAAAGAGACGGACAUGUGUUACCUAAAUACAAAA